AUGGUUCAAAGUAUGGAUACACCACCACCUUCUUAUUGUCCUCCAAAAGUAGGUCUGCUGAGACAACAUCAAGCAGAAGCUGAAAUUGAAAUGCAGAAUAUUUUAUUAACUCAUGAUGAAAAAUUAAAAGCACUACUUAAAAGUGCCCUUAGCGUACAGAGUUCACUUGGGUCUUUAAAAGUUGAUAUUGAAGCAAAGGAUACUUUAGAUAUAGAUGUUACAAAAUAUUACUAUACAUGUGAUUCAUGUCACAUUCGAAAUAAAACUAUAUAUUUAUUACUUACAACAAUUGCUUUAUUGGGUUUCUUUUGGGUUUUAACGAUUAUAUUGUUUUGUGUAUAA